AUUCUCUACCCCCCGGCAAAAAUUUCUCCUGGCCCGAGGAAAACCUUAUAUGGAAUUGUGCUCUGCCCUGUCGUCGUCGUCCAUCAUCUGAAGGGCUGGGCUGACUGACUCGUACAGUCCGCGAUGCAGGAUGACUUACGAGGAGAAUAAGUACUGGAAGAAUGCGUUGAUCAUCAUUCCCAUUGUGGGAGCUGUCAUCGCGACCUUGACCUAUGUGUUACGCCUUUAUUCGCGCCGGAUCACGACCGCCGGCUUGCAGUUGGAGGACUGGCUGAUGGGAAUCGGCUUGAUUCUCUCCUACUGUGCAACGGCAUUCGUGGUAGACACUGCUUUCAAUGGGGUUGGUCUGCCGCUCUCGUCCCUCCCGGACAAGGAACGGCAUCGCAUUCAAUUUGGAUCCUGGAUGAUUCAAAAAUUCUGGUCUCCGUCCGCAGCUUUCACCAAGAUUAGCAUCGUUGUGUUCCUGAAACGCCUGCUCGGCACGUUGCGCAUUUAUACGAUCGUCUCCAAUGUGUUGAUCGGCUUCAUCGCCUGCUGGGCCGUCACUGCCGUGCUGGUGAACAUCUUUCAAUGCACGCCUGUCCAGUACUACUACGACAAAACACUCAACGGGCACUGCAUGAAGGGCCAGCGGUCGUUCUUUCAGGCCAUGGGAUCGAUUUCUCUGGUCGAGGAUGUGAUUGUCUUGUUACUUCCCGCCCCAGUCGUCUGGGGACUACAGAUUACUACACGACAGAAGAUCGCUCUGACACUGGUUUUCUCGCUUGGUGGAUUGGUUUGCAUCUUCAGCUUGAUGCGAUUGAUUGAAUUCCGCAAUUUCGCCACCACCGACCUAGCUUCGUCGAGUGCAAAGGAAUCGAUUUGGACAUGUCUGGAACUCGACGUCGCCAUCAUUUGUGGCUGCUUGCCGCUGAUGAAGCCCUUGCUUCAGGGGUUUUUGGGCAAGGUCAAGAGCGGAGUGUCUAAGGGUCGCUCCCACCCCUCGUCCGCCACGAAGCUCUACGGAUUUCAGUCGAGCAACACCCACCACGACGGGUUUCUCCAAAUCAACGACAUGCACGGCUCGCAGCUGUCCAAGGGGACGAACGUUGCGGCCAGCGCCAGUCGACAUAGCUCAGAUGUAGAGUUACAAGGCAUUGCCGUGCACACGAUUAUCGAACAGGACAUCGAUGAACAGCCGCACUUAGCCUCGUCGGAGUCGGUGUCCAAGAGCGUGUCCAACCACGGGUGGCCUCGUUGAACAUGCGACUGGUGCCCGGUCUCGAAGCCUCUCUAUUAUGCUUUGUUAGAAUCGGUGGUCUGGACCGUGGUGAAGUGGUCGGCCAGCGCCCGUGCUCGCCAACCCGUUAUUCUCCGCCCAGGAUAAACCCUCAAACCACCGUACCCAGUCGGACACCUUCCAGUCCACAUUCACUCCUCCGCAUCAUGAACAAUUAUCCAGACCUAAUUCAUGUCGAUGAUACCCCUUUAAAAUUUUAUUUCUG